CCGUUUUUUUUUAUUGUGCGGAAAACAGCAGCGUCGCCAUUCCACUAAAAGCGGUUCUUGGCCAGAAGGGAAAAAAAGGGAACCACCUUCUUUGCAAAUCGUGAAAAAACUAUUAACUAUCCCUUUAAAACGUCUUAAGAGGUGCGUGAUCUUCAACCUCAGAAAGCGAAACGACAUUUCAGCGGGAAGCGUGUAAAGUUUGGGUCGCGUUGAGGCGUCUUAGAAAGUCAUUAACUCGCCGAACGUGUGCCUGCAAGUGAACGGGAAGAAAAAUAAAAGCGUACUUUUUAAUUCAAGCGAUCAUAAUGAGCGAAAAAGGUUGCUGUGAUUCAGUAGGUCAGUGUUUUUUCGACUACUACACUUCAAAAAUACUGGUGAUAAGAAGCAGGAAAGUGGGAACGUUGAAUCGGUUCACUCAAGCUUUGGUCAUAGCUUACGUCAUCGGGUAUGUGUGUGUUCUUAAGAAAGGCUACCAGGACACGGACACCGUCCUCAGUUCUGUCACGACCAAAGUGAAAGGCAUUGCUCUAACAAACACCAGUGAGCUGGGAGAAAGGGUCUGGGACGUGGCUGACUACAUCAUCCCACCUCAGGUAGUCCGUCGAUUAGACGAAGAGGAGGAGGGUGGAUCAUUCUUUGUGCUGACCAAUAUGAUCAUCACCCCAAAUCAAACGCAGUCGAAAUGUGCUGAGAAUCCGACCCUAGCAUCCAUAUGCACUUCUCACAGGGACUGCAAAAGAGGCUUCAGUGAUGCUCGUGGAGAUGGUGUUCGGACUGGCAGAUGUGUCCGUUACAAUGACACAGUGAAGACUUGUGAAGUGCUGUCCUGGUGUCCUCUAGAGAAGACUGUUGAUCCCCCAAGUCCCCCGCUUCUGGCAGAUGCUGAAAACUUUACUGUUCUCAUAAAAAAUAGCAUUCGUUUUCCCAAAUUUAACUUCAACAAAAGGAAUAUUCUACCAAAUAUAAAUAGCUCCUACUUGACGCAGUGCGUGUUCAAUCGUACGACAGACCCUGACUGCCCUAUCUUCAGACUCAAAGACAUUGUUGAAGAGGCUAAGGAGGAUUUUCAGACCGUGGCAGUCCAUGGGGGAGUGAUGGGAGUGCAGAUCAGCUGGGAUUGUAACCUUGACAUGCCGCAGACCUGGUGUGUGCCUCUCUACACGUUCCGCAGAUUAGACAACAAAGACCCUGAAAAUAACGUGGCCCCCGGAUACAACUUCAGAUUUGCUAAAUAUUACAAGGACAGUAGUGGCGCAGAGACUAGGACACUUAUCAAGGGUUAUGGUAUUCGCUUUGAUGUCUUGGUAUUUGGCCAGGCAGGAAAAUUUAAUAUCAUACCAACACUUCUGAAUAUAGGUGCUGGCUUGGCACUUUUAGGCCUGGUGAAUGUUAUCUGUGAUUGGAUUGUCCUGACAUUUAUGUCAAGAAAGCAACAUUACAAAGACCAGAAGUAUACAUAUGUUGAUGACUUUGGACUUUUAGCCAACGAAGAAACAUAGAAGAUCUUCAGGCUACAGAUUCAACACUAAUUAUACGCAAAUGUAAUCAGGAAGUUAAUGUAUUUCUCAGGUUUACAAAAUGAACAGUAUAGUCAAUGCAAUAUAAUGAAUAAAAAAUAUAUUUGGAUGAAA